AUGCUACAAUCUGCAAUAAAAAAGAAGACAUCAUCAUCAUCAUCAUCAUCAUCCGUUUCCAUGAUGCCAGACUGGUCUCGUCUGCCAGAGGAGCUACUGCACAUUAUAUCCGAGAAUGUGGAGGACUGUUUCGAUAUUGUUCAUGCUCGUUCUGUUUCCAACUCGUGGCGAUCCACAUUUUCCUUUCCUUGCACGUUACGCCGCCAAAGUUACUCUCUUCCUUCCUUCGCCAACUUCCCUAGCGAAAGCAAAGACUUGUGCACCCUUGAGAAGAUCCCUUUGUUCCUCUUUAGAGUCCAAACUCCUCCUCCUGCCUCUGUUUCUGAGUAUUUUCUAGGAGGGAUAGGCCGAGAUGAGUCAGAGGAUCUGACAGAACUUCCAUCUCCUCUUCAGUGUUCAGUGAAAGUGAAGAUCCCAGGAUCUGAUCCAACUUUGAUGAACAUGCGUGACGGCCAGAUCUUCCCUCUUGGCCAUCAGUACAGAAUCAGUUGUGAUUCUAAAGACUACAGAACCGUAGCUUUUCUUCAGCUAAACCAGGAGGGAAGAGAAGAAUUCAUUGUGCUUCUCGGCUUCGGUAGAUUUUUUUUGGCGUUAAGAAGUUCUGAAAUGAAGUGGAAGCUGGUUAUGGGAUUCAGAACUCCUUCAUCUGACGAUAUAGUAACUUUCAGAAGCAGGUUUUAUGUAACCGUUCGUGAUACGAGUAUGACUAUGAUGUAUACUUUCAGGAUAGAUCCUUUCUCGUUGCGCAUGACUCCCUUGAUGCCCAUGAAACCUGUGGGCUCGCUAAAAUAUCUGGUGCCAUGUGGCAAUGAUGACGAACUUUUCAUGGUUGAGAAAUUCCUCUGUUUUUCUAAUGUAUUAGAUUUUUGUCGGUUAACAUGCAAAGUGAGUAGGCUACAAGAGGAGACGGGUAUAUGGGUUGAGGUCAGUGACUUAGGAGACCGCGUGUUGUUUAUUGGACGCUUUGGAAAUGUCUCAUGCUCGGCUAAGGAGCUUCCUGAUGGUUGUGGUGUGAGUGGGAACUCAAUUCUGUUCACAAAUGAGCUAGACAAUGGAACAUACGUCUAUAAAUAUGGAGUGGAUACAGGAAGAGAGGAAGACGAUAUCAACUGUUGGAGUUUCUCAGGAGAGAAUCGUGUGACUAUCCUCAGUACAUCUCCCGUGGUGAGUUUCCGUGUUGAACACUAA